AUGCGGGAUGAUGACGGGAACUUCGUCUUGGGCCCCAAUGUCCAACAUGAUACGGCUCGCAACUACAUCCAACACUUCGACACCCAAGGGCAUCCGAAGAAUCUGGCUUCUGAGGCGUCACAGAGAAGGCUUAUCAGGGCCCAAAAUGACGCACUUUCGACUGUCGGCGUUGUUGUUCGCAAAGCUGAAAUGAAUCGUUCACCUUGGCAAACCAUGAGCGAUGAGCAGAAACAUUUGCUCCUUCUAGACGAAAACAUUGCGGGAGCCAACUGCGGCAUUGCUGAGAACAUCAUACAGAAGCUGUCUACAAGGUGGAUUACGUGUCUUCGCCGCCGUUUGCUCACUUACAAAUCAUACUUGGGCAUGUCGCUGCCUGAAACGAUCCUGUCCGAAUGGGGCUCCUUGGGAUUUCGGGCAUUCUUCUUACCUGGUCUCCCAUUCGCCGCCGUUACCAGUGUUAGUCAAUCCUUACGAGACAGUAUACUAGACGAUGACCGAGUCCCCGCUUUGUCGCACGCAUCAAGUAAGCUUCAUUCGUCAAGCCUUGUCCGAGUGAUUGGUGCUCACAGCUUACGAAUUCUUUGGUUCGCGGCUGAAUACCCCUUCUACACCUUUUCCGUACUACAAUCCCUCUACCUUAUUCCUGUUGAUGCGAACCCGCCUCUACUGGCCUUGGUGCCCUUCACCUCCUCGUCGCCUAUUCAGUUUCCCGAGACAGACUUAAACCUCUCGUGGCUGUCAUUGACCUCACACGCAUUGAACGUCGUCUCUAGUCCCUUCGUCCUUGGCUACAUCAAAGAUCAAAUCGGGAAAUACAUCUUCUCCAAAGUCUAUUUAAUAGUGCGCUACUUUCUGGUGAAGCCUGACAGACCAGAUCGACUAUCACUUCAGAGCGCCAAAGAUAAUAUGAACAUUAUUCCCGACGGCGCGAUUCCUGGCAUGGCUGUGGACCGCAGAGAUGAUCGGCACUCCUCCGGGCUCGAAACUGUAAUUGAUAUCGCCAGAACGCUGUUCCCAGCAGUAUUUUGGCUGUGGGAGAAGGUCUUGCAGACCCAGCGAACUCCUCUCACAGUUGAGUUGAGUCCAUCCAUUGAGACGGAGUUGCUAAACCAAAGCAUCAUGCAUUAUCGGGAUCUACUACGCCAGGAUCGCGAAGUUGAUGUUGAGCUCAGACGCGCUCCUAGGACGCUUCGCAUAAUGGCCAUUCGAGCUGCUUUCAACGAUUACAACUUGGAUCCGGAUCACGCAAUGAUGGAUAUUUUUGAAUUGGCCGAAGGAAUGAAUUUUCUUGCGCUUAGCGAUGUGUCUACCGCAACACCAGAGCCGUUGGAACCUCCGCCAAUCAUCGAUGGCAAUGCACGAGCACAAAGUGAAAAUAUUGCGGUAAACGGUGGAGAGAUUGGAACACCGUCCGGCCUGGUUGAAGCUACCUCGGAUCAGCCCCCAGGCAUAGAGAGGUCUCAGUCAUCCAAUUCCUCUGUGAGAGAUCACGAAGGCGCUGAGAAUGGUGCUCUUGACAGUGGCACAGACAGUCACGCCCGGGGUGAACCUUCGUCUCGGCCUGCCGUCCCUCUCGAGACACUGCUUCCGACUGUACCGCCAGAUGCAGAGAUGAACCAGUCACACGGUGGAUCUAAUGCAGGUCCAGAGCUCUCGAUUCAGGGAUCCCAAGUCCCGAAUUCUCCUAGGCCUUUUUCUCCCGUUCCGGGAAUUGCUCGCGCGGCCACCCUGCCCAAUACUGGUCGGAGACCUGUCCGCCGGCCUACAGAUCUUAGCGAAGAACUUCGACCUACUAGAGAAGACCUGUUUUACCAACAGCACCCGUCAAGAAAGUCGCGCUACGAUAGCGGACCACUUUAUCGGGUCACCCUUUUGUCAAACCACCCUGCCGAAACCCUCGCUCUCAUUGGCGCCUCCAUUGUGGAGUCUGCCAUGCUACUUCCCUUUGACAUGUUGUUUCUCAGAUCACUUGCUCGCAGCUUUCUUGCGAAUGGCUGGGGGGACAUGCAAGCCUCAAGUGCAGCUCGUCCGCUUGCGGACGAGUGGCCUCUUGGUUCGUGGUUCGGAGUUCGCAGCCUCGAUGCCUCCAGAUGCUUCCGUUUCUUCGGGGCUUGGUCUAUGACUCUCGGCAUACAAGCCUUGGUCAACUUUGUGAUAUGGAACGCAAGUACGCGCAUUACCUUGGGGUUAGGCAGCCGUUUUGGCUGGGGCAAGAUUUGA